AGCUUUGGCAUGUGUUUGUUUAUAUUUACAUUUUGUGAAAACUUUAAUAAUUAAAAUAAAAUAGUGCGAAAAAUACAGCCACACCCACCAAUAUGCGGUCGCUAAUCAAAAGUUUGAAAUAUAGAAGCGGAGGUUUACAAGUAUCGUAUUUUUGUCAACUUGCAUCAAGAAAAUACUAUCACAACAUACCGUUUUUUGAUUUCUUUAAGAAAACUACAGGUGAAUCGGUAUCUAAAGACUACAUUACCUUAAUAAAGAAGAGGCACCCACAGAUUGAGGAGGUCACUCACGAUGGGUUGCAAUGCACUCUACAGAUUUUACAGAAGUUUGGCAUCACACCCGAGGAGGCCUGCCAAGACCCCCAUGUAUUUGUCAUGAACCCAAUCACUAUGGACAACUAUGCAGAAAUACUCAAAGAGUGUGGUUUUAUCCAUAUUUCUGCUAAAAAUAUUAUAAAGUACCACACACUGAUAAGGUUGAGAAAGAUAGCUUGGCUAAAAAAGGAAGGUUACCUUCCAACUGACCUUCAACUAGAACAGAGAAUAUUGGACAAGUUCCAAGAGUGGCCUGACAGCAGUAAGGAUUUACAGAAAUUCUCUGAUAGUGAUACAUGUAUAUUAACAAUACGCAUGAACAUAUUAGAAAGAUAUCUUCAUUGGAAGUUGUCAGUCACACGAGAAGAAUUCCAGAAAUAUUGUAAAAACUAUUUGCCGCUCAGACACAAGCCUAUGAGUGACAUCCAAGAAGCAAUAAACAUAGCACAGAAUGAUAUAAAGUUCGAUAUCCCAGGCAUUAGAAGAAAUGGCUUCAUCAUAUCUGCAGAUCCUUUGCAUACUAAACUCAUUUUAGAAAAUUGUCCCACACUGGCCGGCAUGGACAUAAGGGAUGUUUUGAAAAUAGAACCUGCCAUAUUAAAAAAUAAUUAUAAUUCUAUAGCAAAAGUUAGAGAUGUUUUAGAGGAAUUUAGGAUAUCCCUUGAAGCACAAAGGCGGUGUUUGAAAAUUUUCUGCAUGAAACCUGAGACUGUUCGUGAGCGUCUAGAAGAACUAAGAAAUUUAAAGGAGUACAAAGUCUUGUCAACAAACCCUAGAAUUCUUCUACUCGUCAUACACAAGAAGAAAAUGUUAAAUCGACUUAGUAAAAUAGAAUCUGCAAAGAAACAAUGCUUUAGCUUAAAUCACCUAGUCUCAUCUUCGCAAGUCUUUAAUAAUUACAUAAGCAAUUUCGGCGACAAAGUGUGCGGCCGAGAUAUAGCAAUACUCAUAUCUUCGUCGCUAAAGAGUUUGCCUAGGCGCAAUAUAACUACCAACGAACCUUUAACCAAUAGCAUUUUGAAGGAACUGAGGCGACAUAAGUACUGGCUACAUGUUGCUAUGAACGUUAUCGACGAAAACAUACAGUUUCUCAGGAAGACGUUUGACGAUCAAAUCAUUUUUAAUAACUGUUUGAUUGUUCUUUACCCCGUUGCCGAAGUACAAUACUACAUAAACAACUUACUAUGUUUACGUACGGGCCAGGAACCAAGUGGAGCAUUGAAGGACGAACUGAAUUACACUCACAUGCAUUUAGACAGACUCAGUGAUGACCAAAUCCUAAGCCUAGUGUUGUACAGUAUUGAGAAAAAAUACCACUUUAGUGGAGACGGUAUAUGGGCCAGACAGGACGGUGUGAGAGUAGCUGCUCAGAAAAUAUGACAUCAGCGUGAAUCGCGGAUGAUAGUGACGCGAUAAGGAUAUAUGGUCAGUAUUUAUUAAAAUGUUAAAGUUUUUGAAUAUUUAGUUGUGUCGGUGUUCUGACUGAAUAUGGCAACACCAAUGCGACGUGUUAAAUAAAAUCAAACUCAAAUACGUAUAACUAAAAAAAUAUCAAGCAAAACCUAGAUUUGUAAAAAAAAUAUUUCUUAGUGCCUUUUUAAAAUAGUUCUAAAAGUGUAAAAAUAAAUGAGCCGAAGAUUUUUUAUUUUGUUUUCUUUAAAGUUUAACUUUUUUCAUCCUUGUUCUCAUUUUUAUUGCCAUUAAAAAAUUCAGCGCUAAAAA